AUGUAAGGUAAUAAAAACAAAAAUGCAACACUGAUAUCUAUUUACUGCCCAAGAUAAAAAAUAAGAAUAAACUCAACUUCACAAGUAAUGUCUAAUUAAAUGUCCAUUAACAAUUUAAGUUGUUAGAGAAUGCAAACUGAACAAAGUAGAAGAAUAAAAACAAUGAGAAGUCAGAAAUUUAAGUUAUAGUACAAAUCUGAGAACAGAGAACCAAUUAAAUUUAGUAAUUACUUUAAAUUGUCGUCAUCUGAUUCAAGAAAAUAAUCUAAUUAUAAUUCUCAUGUAAAUACAUCAACUUCAGAUAAUGAAGACAAAGCCUUGAUGAUUUAAAAAAUCAUAUUUUCUGUAAAGUCACCACUUUAAAGUUUAAGGUUUUAAGGUUCAAUACAAAGCAAAAAACCUUAAUAUAGUGAUUUAAAUAGAAGGAAAACUCUCAGAAACUCAUUAUUUACUAAUUCAUACAAAAAUUAAAAUUUUUUAAUGACUGGAAAUGAAUGUGGAUGGUCUAGAAAAUCUUCAGAAAGUCUCAUCUUUAUAUGA